GAAGUAGAAACAUCCGGCACAUCAUAAGUUGAAAGUUCUUUUUUUUUAAGUUCUUUUUAGGCCAAAUUCACUUGCAUAGCCAAAACUUUGACAGUUGUGACAAAUAUAGCCAAUUUUGGAGAAAUACCAGAAAUAGCCAGCUUUUUGAAAGUUCGAUGACAAAUAUAGCCAUUUCCGUUACAUAGUUUGACGGCGUCAAUGACACCGUUAGUCUAAUUAACAGACAGUUGAUGUGGCUGCCACCUCACCGUGUCUUUCCUUCCCACCUCAGCAUACCAUUGACAGGUGGGAUGCCACGUCAUUUUUAAUGGGUAAAAAAAUUACCAUAAAACAAUUAAUAAAUAAAACAAUAAAUAAAUCACUACCUAAUCACCACCAUCACUACGACACAUCUCCCUGCCGCCGCGAUCCCGUCAUCAUCUUCAUCCUACCCAGAAGCCAAUUUCAAAGCCUACACACUUCUUCUCUCUAUUCCUCGCCCAAUCCAUUUCCAUUUCCAUUUCCAUCGGACGAGUGGUGAAGAUGUUGGACAAGGAGAUGAACCGGAGCGGCGCCGAAUUCGAUGGCGGCGAUAUGUUUACCCGGGGAGGAUGAUGCCCUCGAAAUCGGAGAGGCGGGCAAGAGUUUCAAGAUCUGGAAGAAUCUCUAACGGGAGUUACAGCGGCAGUUGGAGCGCCUCUUCUUCUUCUGCCGAAGCGGCAACUCGAAAUCAGAUGAGAAGAAGAGUUAGGCGACGGCGGCGGCUCGAAUUGUGGAUUGGAGUAAGUUUGGGAAGAUCGAGAGGCUGGGAUCGAACACUACCACGUCAGGUGCGAGCAAGUCCAAGAUACAUCGCCAUGGAGCUCGUCCGCGGCGGCGAGCUCUUCUCCAAGGUCGCCAGAGGCCGGCUGAGGGAAGACGCCGCUAGGGUUUACUUCCAGCAAUUGAUCUACCACCUAGAUCUGAACCCAGAGAACCUCCUCCUCCUCCCCUUUCAAGACGACAAUCUGGUCGCCAUGUAUAGAAAAAUCUACAGGGGAGACUUCAAAUGUCCGUCGUGGUUUUCCUCCGAGUCUCGCUGCCUCGUCACCAAGCUCCUCGACCCCAAUCCGGCGAGCCGAAUCACCAUCUCGAAGGUCAUGGAGUCGUCCUGGUUCAGAAAACCCAUCCCCAAAACCGUACACAACAAGGAGGAGAUCAAAUUCGACGCGUUCAAUUGCGAAGAAGACGAAGCGAAAUCGGAGAAUUCGAAGGAGACCCUGAACGUGUUCCACAUCAUUUCUCUGUCCGAAGGGUUCGAUCUCUCGCCGCUGUUCGAGGAGAAGAAGAGGAUGGAGAAGGAAGAGCUGAGAUUCGCCACGACUCGAUCGGCGAGCAGCCUGAUUUUGAGGCUGGAAGAGGUCGGGAAAGCGGGAAAUUCAGCGUGAAGAAGAGCGAGACGAAGGGGAGGUGAACAGGCGGUGUUGGUGAUGGAAAGAUAAUUUUGUUUUUUAUAAUUUUUUAUUUAAUUGUAAAAAGAUAGAAUUUUGUUUAUUUUCCACUUACAUUAUUUUUUAAUAAAAUAUGCCACGUCAA